UAGUUGAACAACGUAGUACCUGCCAAGAAUGUGUGUCCAAUAAACUCUCAGCUAGUAAACCUCUGAAUAUUUUGAACCCCUUUUGCUCUUACUGUUGAAUAUUGUCAAUUCUGUAAGUCAAUAACAGUAGUGGAGAAAAAAAGUUUGAUUCUUUCUGAAGAAUCUGAAACCCCUUUUGUUUUUUAAUCUUGAUGAUGGAGCGUUAUGAGAUAGUGAAGGAGUUGGGUUCUGGUAAUUUUGGAGUAGCAAAGCUUGUUUGUGACAAGAACACUAAAGAACUCUUUGCUGUUAAGUUUAUUGAAAGAGGCCAAAAGAUAGAUGAACAUGUGCAAAGGGAAAUUAUGAAUCAUAGAUCAUUGAAACAUCCAAAUAUAGUGAGGUUUAAAGAGGUCUUGCUUACACCUACUCAUCUAGCAAUAGUAAUGGAGUAUGCUGCGGGAGGAGAGCUCUUUGCGAGGAUCUGUAAUGCUGGAAGAUUUAAUGAAGAUGAGGCAAGGUUCUUUUUUCAACAACUGAUAUCAGGGGUUAGCUACUGCCAUUUCAUGCAAAUCUGUCAUAGAGAUCUCAAAUUGGAAAACACACUACUUGACGGAAGUGCUGCACCACGUGUCAAAAUAUGUGAUUUUGGGUACUCCAAGUCAUCCGUGUUUCAUUCUCAACCUAAGUCCACAGUGGGGACACCUGCUUAUGUAGCACCAGAGGUCCUAACAAGGAAAGAAUAUGAUGGAGAGCUUGCAGAUGUUUGGUCCUGUGGAGUCACCUUAUAUGUAAUGCUGGUUGGAGCUUAUCCAUUUCAAGAUUCAAGUGAUCCCAAAAACUUUACAAAGACUAUUUCUAAAAUACUCACCGCUCGCUACUCAAUUCCUGAGCAAAUCCAAAUUUCCCUUGAAUGCCGCCAUCUCAUAGCCAGGAUUUUUGUGGCAGACCCUGAGAAGAGAAUAACCAUUCCAGAAAUUAAAAUGCAUCCCUGGUUUUUAAAGAACUUACCAGUGGAACUGAUGGAAGGAGGAAGUUACCAAUGUGCCGAUGUAAAUAACCCUUCCCAGAGCAUGGAAGAAGUUUUGGCGAUAAUACAAGAGGCUAGAGUUCCUUUGCUGGUUGGAGCACAUUCUUAUGGGGGCAGUAUGGAACUUGAUGAAUUGGAUGAAGCUGAUAUUGAAGAUGUGAUCGAAACUAGUGCUGAUUUUGCUGGUCUACUGUGAUGUGUUACACAAUGCUGUAAUUACCAUUAGGGUGAAAGAAAAGAGCAACUGGUAACUGCUGUAAUAUCCUGAGUAGACACUCAAGAGUUCACCCUAUAAUUUGCUGAUAGUUUUUUUUUUCUUUUUC